AUGCAAAAUAUCUGCGUCCGCGUUGCGGUCGAGCAAAAAUUCCUCCAAGCCAUCGCGGAGAAUGACAGCCCCAUUACCUCGGCAGAGAUAGCGCGGGGAACAAAUACGGAGGAAUUGCUCAUCGUGCGCGUGAUGCGGGUUAUGACGGCGAUCGGCUUUGCGGAUGAGACGGCACACCAAACGUACGCUGCGAACGAGGUGACUCGGUUUGCGAUCCUGCCGGGGUCAAUUGCGGCCGUGAAACACCACUUCGAGCCUGACUUUGGCAUGGGAGCGAAGCUAGUCGACUACAUGCGCGGCCCUGGUGUCUCGCAAUUCGCUGACCAGCCGGAUGAAGUCACCCUAUUCAAAUAUGCGCACGGUUUCGACAAGAUCUUCGGCAUGCUGGAGGUCAACCCCGAGCAGAAAGAAGCGUUUGACGAGUACAUGGCGGCGCGACGACUGGUGCAGCAACCGCAGUGGUUUGAAAUGUACCCGGCCGCCAAGAAAUUGAGAAACGUACGGUCGCAAACAGACUCGGUGCUGCUAGUCGACGUGGGCGGUGGACCAGGUCAAGAAAUGGCGCGAUUCAGGCAGCGACACCCGGAAAUUGCAGGUCGGAUCGUCUUGCAAGAUCUUCCCCUGACAUUGAACCGGAUCGAAAAAGUUCCGGAGGGAAUUGAGCCGAUGGAGUACGACUUCUUCACACCGCAACCAGUCCAGGGAGCACGGGCAUAUUUCCUCCGGCAGGUGCUGCAUAAUUGGUCCGAUGCGAAGAGUAUCCAGAUUCUCUCCCGGAUUGCAGACGCCAUGGAUGCGGACUAUUCGACGCUGCUGAUCGACGACUAUGUGCUUCCCGAUACCGGGGCCGGGUUGCGGGCGGCGGAGAUGGAUAUCCUCAUGUGGUUACAUACGGCGGGGUUAGAAAGGACGGUCUCGCAGUGGAAAGCGCUAUUUGAUGCAGUUGGGCUCGAGUUGGUGGGGUUUUGGAACACCGAUAAGAGCGAUGAGUCAGUGUUGGAAGUGCGAAAAAAGGCAAAGAACAGGGAGAACAGGGCGAAUGGUGGACCCGCGAUGGUGGCAAAGCUCUGA